UAACAAAUGUCUUCAUGAGAUCCUCCCACUCCUCAAUUACAAUCGAGUCAGAGCUAUCCCCUCUGAAGGAAGGCGGCUCCUUGACUUUCCUGUGCUGAAUCACUUGGUUUUGAGACACAUUUAACAUGCUUGAAGGUUGAGUAGUCCUAUCAUCAGUGUGCUGUUUACUUGGUGUGUCAGUGUCUAAGCUAUAAGGACUGAGAUGAGACAUAAUGUUGUCUGCUAAUUGUUGGCCAAUCUGAUGAACAAUUGAAGUCAUCUGCCCUAACAUGUCAUGCACGCUAUCACUGUUAGGUGUUGAAGCGCAGGCUGCUCUGUGAUUGACAUCUGACUGUGUGUCAUCAUACUCUCUGCCAGGCCUACAACUAUCGUUAGCACUGGGACUGUUCAUUGAAAGGGAAUUGGAAACCCUAAAACCCCUCUACCUCUGCCUACUGGACCAGGAGUACAUUGGUCAGAUAAACUUCAGCCAACUCUGACUGUAAUUCCUGAGAGUUCAGUGUUCAUUGGAGACACAGUUACUCUGAGCUGUGAUGUGGGACAGUUAACUGGAUGGACAAUUCAUUGGAUCAAAGACUCAAACGGCGACUCCAUGAGUGAUGCAACUAAAACAAUCAAGUCUGUGCGAGUCUCUGAUGGAGGAAGAUACUGGUGCAGAGCCAAACAAGGAAACUACUACAGCCAGUACAGUAAUGCAGCUGAGAUAACAGUUAAAGAGAGACCCAAACCUGUAGUUGGUAUUGAUCCUGAUAGACAUGUGUUCAGAGGAGAGACGGUCACUCUCACAUGUGACAUACAGCAGACAGGAGACUGGGAGUAUACCUGGAAUAAAGACAACAAACAAGAUUAUAUCAUAGGACAAGACCAGAAAUAUAUAAUAACAUCUGUGGAUUGGUUUCAUAGUGGUGUGUACAGCUGUAGAGGAACUCAGUCAGAAGCACCAACAUACUCUCAGAUGAGUGAUGGAGUUACACUGACAGUAUCAGAUAAACUUCAGCCGACUCUGACUGUAAAUCCUCAGAGGUCAGUGUUCACUGGAGACACAGUUACUCUGAGUUGUGAUGUGGGACAGUUAACUGGAUGGACUAUUCACUGGAUCAAAGACUCAAACACUGACUGCACAGGUGAUGCAACUAAAACAAUCAAGUCUGUGAGAGUCUCUGAUGGAGGAAGAUACCAGUGUAGAGCACAACGAGGAAUCUACUACGGCAAGUACAGCAAUGCGGUUGAUAUAACAGUAAGAGAGAGACCCAAACCUGUAGUUGGUGUUGAUCCUGAUAGACAUGUGUUCAGAGGAGAGACGGUCACUCUCACAUGUGACAUACAGCAGACAGGAGACUGGAAGUACAGCUGGAAUAAAGACAACACACACUAUUGCACCAUAGGACAAGAUCAGAAAUAUAUAAUCACAUCUGUGGAUUGGUCUCAUAGUGGUGUGUACAGCUGUAGAGGAACUCAGUCAGAAGCACCAGCAUACUCUCAGAUGAGUGAUGGAGUUACACUGACAGUAUCAGAUAAACCUCAGCCAACUUUGACUAUAAAUCCUCAGAGUUUGAUGUUCACUGGAGACACAGUUAGUCUGAGUUGUGAUGUGGGACAGUUAACUGGAUGGAAAUUUUUCUGGACAAAAGAUUUAAACUUUGAAACCAUGGGUGAUGCAACUAAAAUGAUCAAGUCUCUGAGCAUAUCUGAUGGAGGAAAAUACUGGUGCAGAGCAAAACGAGGAAACUACGACAGCGAAUACAGUAAUGCAGUUGAGAUAAUAGUAAAAGAGAGACCAAAACCUGUAGUUGGUGUCAAUCCUGAUAGACAUGUGUUUAGAGGAGAGACGGUCACUCUCAUAUGUGACAUACAGCAGACAGGAGAGUGGGAGUACAGCUGGAAUAAAGACAACACACACUAUUACAGCACAGGACAAAACCAGAAAUAUAUAAUCACGUCUGUGGAUUGGUCUCAUAGUGGUGUGUACAGCUGUAGAGGAACUCAGUCAAAAGCACCAGCAUACUCUCAGAUGAGUGAUGGAGUUACACUGACAGUAUCAGAUAAACCUCAGCCGACUCUGACUGUAAAUCCUCAGAGGUCAUUGUUCACUGGAGACACAGUUACUCUGAGUUGUGAUGUGGGACAGUUAACUGGAUGGACUAUUCACUGGAUCAAAGACUCAAACACUGACUUCACGAGUAAUACAAAUAAAACAAUCGAGUCUGUGACAAUCUCUGAUGGAGGAAGUUACUGGUGCAUAGCACAGCGAGAAUAUUACUACACCAAGUACAGUAAUGCAGCUAAGAUAACAGUAAGAGAGAGACCCAAACCUGUAGUUGGUGUUGAUCCUGAUAGACACGUGUUCAGAGGAGAGACGGUUACUCUCACAUGUGACAUACAGCAGACAGGAGACUGGGAGUACAGCUGGUAUAAAGACAACAAACAAGAUUAUAUCAUAAGACAAGACCAGAAAUAUAUAAUCUCAUCUGUGGAUUGGUCUCAUAGUGGUGUGUACAGCUGUAGAAGAACUCAGUCAAAAGCACCAGCAUACUCUCAGAUGAGUGAUGGAGUUACACUGACAGUAUCAGAUAAACCUCAGCCGACUCUGACUGUAAACCCUCAGAGUUUGAUGUUCACUGGAGACACAGUUAGUCUGAGUUGUGAUGUGGGACAGUUAACUGGAUGGAAUUUUUUCUGGACAAAAGAUUUAAACUUUGAAACCAUGGGUGAUGCAACUAAAAUGAUCAAGUCUGUGAGCAUAUCUGAUGGAGGAAAAUACUGGUGCAGAGCAAAACGAGGAAACUACGACAGCGAAUACAGUAAUGCAGUUGAGAUAACAGUAAAAGAGAGACCUAAACCUGUAGUUGGUGUCAAUCCUGAUAGACAUGUGUUCAGAGGAGAGACGGUCACUCUCAUAUGUGACAUACAGCAGACAGGAGAGUGGGAGUACAGCUGGAAUAAAGACAAUACACACUAUUACAGCACAGGACAAAACCAGAAAUAUAUAAUCACAUCUGUGGAUUGGUCUCAUAGUGGUGUGUACAGCUGUAGAGGAACUCAGUCAGAAGCACCAACAUACUCUCAGAUGAGUGAUGGAGUUACACUGACAGUAUCAGAUAAACCUCAGCCGACUCUGACUGUAAAUCCUCAGAGGUCAUUGUUCACUGGAGACACAGUUACUCUGAGUUGUGAUGUGGGACAGUUAACUGGAUGGACUAUUCACUGGAUAAAAGACUCAAACACUGACUUCACGAGUAAUAUAAAUAAAACAAUCGAGUCUGUGACAAUCUCUGAUGGAGGAAGUUACUGGUGCAUAGCACAGCGAGAAUAUUACUACAGCAAGUACAGUAAUGCAGCUAAGAUAACAGUAAGAGAGAGACCCAAACCUGUAGUUGGUGUUGAUCCUGAUAGACAUGUGUUCAGAGGAGAGACGGUUACUCUCACAUGUGACAUACAGCAGACAGGAGACUGGGAGUACAGCUGGAAUAAAGACAACAAACAAGAUUAUAUCAUUAGACAAGACCAGAAAUAUAUAAUCACGUCUGUGGAUUGGUCUCAUAGUGGUGUGUACAGCUGUAGAGGAACUCAGUCAGAAGCACCAACAUACUCUCAGAUAAGUGAUGGAGUUACACUGACAGUAUCAGAUUUACCCACAUCUACCCUGACAGUGACACCAAAGAGUAUAUUGACUGGAGAGACAGCCAAUCUGACCUGUGUGAUCGAGUCUAAUCACAGAGACUGGAGAUAUGAAUGGUAUAAAGACAGUGUAAUGCUAAACACGUCUGAUCAUCACACUGUAAACAGAGACACUCUCACUAUCAGAGGAUCUACUGAGUCUGAUGCGGGUCAGUACUGGUGUAGAGGACAGAGAGAAGAAAGACCAUCAUUCUCACAGAAGAGUAACCAAAUUAAUCUGUCUAUUAAUGUGUCACGUUCAGAUCGGAUUUCUGUCUUCAACAUCCUCAGGUUUCUUCUGAAAACUUGUCCGUAUCUGCUGUCGACAGUCAUGCUGCUGUUCAAAUAUUACAGAGAGAGAGUUACUGAAGACCGAAGCCAAAUUGCUGUACCAGAGGAACAAACUUAUAUCUGAUUAAAAUUCAUUCAUCAUUGAAGCAUGAUGCUGGAGUCUCUCUCUGAAGGACACACUUUCGGACAUAUGGACAAUUUAGUGUUUCUAUUUCACCUGUAUAUUAGACAGUGGGUGAAAAACAAACAAACACAUGGAAAACAGCAAGUCCUUCGGCUCAUCAUCUAUCGAUGUUAUUUAAUGUAUCUGUCUAAUUCACUAUAAGCUAUUAAAAGUUCUUCUUUAAAGAUAUUCAUAAAAAUAAAUACUUCAUCCAAACAUUAUUUAUUUUUUUAUUUCUCAGU